GCUGAAAUCACGUGGUGCUGUUGAGUUCCGGAUUCUAACUUACAUGCAAUCAUAUGGGUCAAAGCUUGAGACAUAUGGAGCGUGUGGUAGGUGUAGGCAUUGGGCCGCUGGCUGCUGGGACUGUCGGCCUGCUGAUUUUGCUGAAGGUGAUCCAGAGAUUGAGACGCAGGCCCAACAUCCAGGAUAAAGUGGUGGUGAUCACCGGUGCCAGCUCAGGCCUGGGCAAAGAGUGUGCACGGGUCUUCCAUGCAGCAGGGGCCCGACUGAUCCUGUGCGGACGGGACCAGAGGAGACUGCAGGAGGUCGUGGAGGAGCUGGGAAACAAAACCUAUGGCAAGACACAGACUUACACCCCCUGCACCGUCACCUUUGACCUAUCGAACACGUCUGUGGUUUGCAGCGCCGCCGAGGAGAUUUUGAAAUGCCACGGCCACGUCGACGUUCUCAUCAACAAUGCUGGUGUUAGUUACCGCGGCAACAUACUGGACACCCACGUCUCAGUUCAGCGUGAGGUUAUGGACACCAACUACUUCGGUCCUGUUGCUCUGACACAAGCCAUACUUCCGUCGAUGGUAGACCGAGGCAGUGGCCAUAUUGUCGUCAUUAGCAGCGUGCAAGGAAAGAUCUCAAUACCCUACAGAUCUGCAUAUGCUGCAUCUAAACAUGCGAUGCAGGCCUACUAUGACUGUUUGCGGGCGGAGGUUGACAGUUUGGGCUUGCAUGUGUCAGUCCUCAGCCCAGGCUAUGUCAGAACUAACAUGUCCAUCAAUGCAGUCACAGGUGACGGAUCCAAAUAUGGAGUAAUGGACAAAACCACAGCAACAGGGGCAGAUCCAGUGGAUGUGGCAAAUGAUAUUCUGAAGGCUGUCUGUCAGAAAAAGAAAGACGUGGUUAUGGCUGGACUGGGGCCAACUACAGCCAUAUAUCUGCGUACACUCUGGCCUGCUCUCUACUUCAGAGUGAUGGCUUCACGAGCCAGAAAACAGACAGGGAAAGAAGAAUAAAACUUGAUUUCAGGAUCGAAA